AUGUCAUUUCAGGGACGUUCCUUCGCCACGAGCCCAUUUCAGGAUAACCGCUCUCGCUCCAACCAAGGCCUUGCAGGACUCGGCCUCUCAACUGGUCCUGCAGGUCUCUCGAGUAAAGUAGGAGGAUUUUUCGAAGGCAACGACCGCACUCUCCCCAUGUACAAAGACAAGCCGUACUUUACGCCGAAGCGCACGGCUCCACGGAGACGAUGGCGGCCGCUGUUUGUGCUGGGUGUUUGCGCGUUGACGUUUUUGUGGUACUAUAUGUCGUCGAUGCCUGUGUGGCAGGGCUCGGGCUCGUUGGACGUCGGAGCUGAACUCUGGAAAUGGGCGCAGACUCUUGAUGAUGAGAGUCCUUCGAUGUCAAUCGUCGACUGGAACGCGCGUCGGGAGAAGGUUCGGGAUGCGUUUGUUGUCAGCUGGCAGGGAUAUGAAAAGGAUGCUUGGGGCUCGGACGAGUAUAACCCGAUCUCGGGCCGAAGCAGAAACAUGGUCGAAGGUGGCAUGGGCUGGAUCAUCGUUGAUGCCCUAGAUACUAUGAUGAUCAUGAACCUCACCACCGAGGUGCGCCAUGCGCGAGAGUGGAUCGCCACUUCGUUAAAAUAUACUCAAGACCACGACGUGAGCACGUUCGAAACAACCAUUCGCAUGCUGGGAGGCUUGCUGUCCGCACACUAUCUGUCGACGAAAUAUCCAGACCUCGCCCCAAUUGCGGAUGAUGAUGUCGGCGCCGCUGGUGAGGACUUGUACAUUGAAAUGGCUGCUGAUCUUGGAGACCGCUUGCUCGGAGCGUUUGAGUCUCCCUCUGGUAUUCCCUACGCCAGCGUGAACUUGAACAAGUCAGAGGGCUUGCCAUCGCAUGGCGAUGGGGGUGCUUCUUCUACUGCCGAGGCAACCUCAGUCCAGCUUGAGUUCAAGUAUCUAGCGAAGCUGACUGGUGAGGCUGAAUAUUGGAGGGCCGUUGAGAAGGUCAUGGAGGUUAUCGAUAAUGAACACCCCCAAGAUGGCCUCGUUCCCAUCUACAUUAAUCCUAAGACGGGUCACUUUCAUGGCGAGAACAUUCGUCUGGGUAGCCGAGGUGAUUCAUACUACGAGUACCUGAUCAAGCAGUACCUCCAAACUUCUGAACAGGAGCCUGUCUACAAAGAGCUUUGGGAUGAAUCCUUGGCUGGCAUCCGCAAGCACUUGCUUGCCUUCUCUCAAAACUCACAGUUGAUGGUCCUAGGAGAGCGCCCCAACGGCUUGAAGGAAGGCCUUACUCCUAAAAUGGACCAUUUGGUAUGCUUCCUCCCUGGAACAUAUGCUCUUGGUGCUACCGGCGGCCGACCCCUGGCAGAGUCAAGAAAAUCCGCAGAUUGGUCACAGCAGCGCGAGGAGGAGAUUCUCAUCUCCAAGGAGCUGAUGAAGACCUGCUGGGCAACAUAUCUAAAAACAGCGACAGGCCUAGCCCCCGAGAUCUCCCACUUCAUUCUCGACUCGCCACCCGUCAUGAUGGGAGACAAGUAUCCCGAUCCCAAGUCUGCAUCUGGAACUACGUCGCCAUUCGAACUGAAGUCGAUCUCCCAGCCACUAUUCCCCAAGUCCGAUGGCUCUGAGCCCUGGCGCAAGGACAUUGAGAUUCACAACAUGGACCGCCAUAACCUCCAACGACCGGAGACUGUCGAGUCCUUGUUCUACAUGUACCGCAUUACCGGCGAUGUGAUCUACCGCGAAUGGGGCUGGGAAAUGUUCAAAGCUUUCGUCAAAUACACCGCCGUGGUUGAGGGUGAAGAAUCUGAACUGGCAGAUGGUGAGGCCACCAUCAAACGGAUCAAGGGCUUCACUUCUCUGUCCAAUGCUGACACUACCCCGCCCACCACGCGUGAUAAUAUGGAGAGCUUCUGGAUGGCCGAGACGCUCAAGUACUUUUAUUUGUUGUUCUCUGACCGGGACUUUAUUUCCCUCGAGGACCAUGUAUUUAAUACCGAGGCUCACCCGCUGCCACGGUUCAAGCCUACGGGUGAUCUGAAGACUGGCUGGCAGCGGAAGGUCGCCGAGGCUGUUCAGGCUGCUGAGUAG